CUUUCUGAAUAAAGAUGCCUUCUGUAACACUUAAAGACGUUGACCAGCACAAGUUUGUAAAAGCUUUUGCUGCAUUUUUAAAAAAGACUGGUAAAAUGCGAGUUCCAGAAUGGGUAGACAUUGUAAAAUCUGCACGCUUCAAGGAACUUGCUCCAUAUGAUCCAGAUUGGUAUUACAUAAGAUGUGCUGCCUUAGUACGUCAUAUUUACAUCCGUAGUCCCAUUGGUGUAGGAGCAGUAACAAAAAUCUUUGGAGGGCGCAAACGUAAUGGAACCCACCCCAGCCAUUUUUGUCGAUCUGCGGGUGGUGUAGCUCGUAAAGCACUGCAAAGUUUGGAGCAACUUAAGCUUAUCGAAAAGGCCCCGAUCGGUGGUCGUAAGCUUACCAGCCAAGGUCGUAGAGAUUUAGAUCGCAUUGCAGCGCAAGUUAAAGUAAAAAGCAAAAAACAACUUAAAUUACAAGAGACUCUUGUUCUCUAAUUUGUCUGUUUCUAU